AUGAACCUGGAUGUGUUGAAGAAGUACAGGAGUUUUAUUGGAGACAACGAGUUUUUCAGAACGUUCAUACCGGGCUAUGAAGAGAUAGAAAAGGCAGAUGCAGAGCCUGCUGAGCCUUAUGUGUUUGAAAGCAGCCCUAAAUAUGUUCAGGCAGAGCUUAGGGACUAUCAGGUCGAGGGACUGAACUGGCUUGUUAGCAUGCAUGAAAACUCGAUCAAUUGCAUACUUGCAGACGAGAUGGGCCUUGGAAAGACGUUGCAAACGGUUGCGUUUCUUGGGUACAUCAGGUAUGUGAGGAAGGAGGAAAGCAGGCAUUUGGUAGUGGUGCCGAAGUCGACACUGAACAACUGGAGAAGAGAGUUUAAGCGGUUCAUGCCGAAGUACAAGGUGCGGGUGUUCUACUCGUCACGCAAGGAGCUAAGGCAAUUGAUGAAAGAGCUGAGAAUGUCUAAGUGGGACGUGUGCCUUACAACUUAUGAAAUGUGUAUAGGGGCCAAGAGCAUGCUGAGCAAGAUAGAAUGGUCGUAUAUAGUGAUUGAUGAGGCACAUAGAAUAAAGAAUGAGCACAGCCUUUUGAGCAAGAUAGUUCGUGUUUUUCCCUGCAGGCACCGAUUGCUGAUUACAGGAACGCCUCUUCAGAACAAUGUGCAUGAGCUGUGGGCACUGCUGAACUUCAUUGCUCCCGAGAUUUUCAAUGACUCGGAGAAGUUUGAGGCAUAUGUUAUGCGUAGUGAUUGUGGAGAGAGCGAGGGAAUUGCAAAGAUCAGGAGUGUGCUGCAGUUGUUUUUUCUACGAAGAGAAAAGAUUGAUGUAGAAAGGACGCUGCUUCCCAAGAAGGUUGUGAAUCUGUAUUCUCCUCUGUCUCCUAUGCAACAUGAAUGGUACAAGAUGCUGCUGAAGAGGGAUCUUUCGCCACUUGGCGGGAGCAGGGAUGCAAAGGGGAUGCUUAUGAAUGUUGUGAUGCAGCUAAGGAAGUGCUGCAACCAUCCAUACCUGUUUCCUGGUGCAGAGCCUGAGCCUUACACGAAUGGAGAGCAUAUUGUUGAGAAUUCUGGAAAGAUGCAGCUUCUUGAUAAGCUACUGUCAAGCCUGGCAAGCAAAGAGUCUAGGGUGCUUAUAUUUAGCCAGAUGUCGAUGAUGCUUGACAUUCUCGAGGAUUAUUUGGUGCUGAGGGGGCAUGAGUAUUGCCGGAUUGACGGGUCUACUCCGUAUGAGGAGCGUGCUGAGUAUAUAGAUGCAUUUAAUGCGGAGGGAAGCAAGAAAUUUGUGUUUCUGUUGACGACGAGAGCAGGAGGGCUGGGGAUAAACCUAUGCACUGCAGACACUGUGAUUUUGUUUGAUUCUGAUUGGAAUCCACAGAUGGACUUGCAGGCACAGGACAGGGUGCAUAGGAUAGGGCAGAAGAAGCAGGUGACGGUGUUCAGGUUGAUAUGUGAAGGCACGGUUGAGGAGCAGAUUGUGUACAGGUCGCUGCAGAAGCUACGCCUGGAUGAUAUUCUGCUGCAAGGGAGGAGCAAGAAAGGAGCGCCCAGCCAAUCAGAGCUGAUUGAUAUUCUUGCGAGUGGGAUGGAGAUUACAGACUCGUCUGUGAAGGACGAGGAGAUUGAGGAGGUGAUAAAGAGAGGGGAGGAGAAGACCAGGGAAAUGAACAUGAAGCUUGGCGAGUUUAAGAUUGGAGAUGCAUCUGAGGCAGGGCUUGACUGCUACAAGUGGGAAGGGGAGGAUUACAAUGUCAAGAAGAUUGACAAGUUUGUUUCAAAGAAUCUUGAGAGCCAUGGAAGGAUGUCGAGAGUGGGAGUGCUGUUUGCACCAAAGCCGAAGGUUGUUGAGUACCAAGACUAUCAGUUCUAUCCAAAGGAGCUUAGGGAGCUGAAUGAGAAGGAGCUUUGGCUGUACAAGGAGGGUAAGGAGCUCUGUGAAGAUGAGAAGAGCCUGAAGAAGCAGCUUUUGCAGCAGGGAUUUGACUGGACAAAGAAGGAUUUCCAGGCGUAUUUGAAGGCAAUCGAAGCGGUUGGCAAGGAUGAUGCCGAGGCGAUUGCAGCAUUGGUGGGAAGCAGAAGUGAUGUGAGGGAGUAUCACAGAGUAUUUUGGGAGAGAAUAGAUGAGUUGAAUGAUGCAGAGAAGAUAAAGAUGAUGGUUGAGAGAUCGAUUCGUAGGAUCAAGAAGCAAGCAAGGAUCAGGCAAAUUCUGGAAGAAGACAUGGAUGUGAUUGAGAUGCGGAUGAGGCCCAGCAUGAGUGAGUACGAUAAGCUCUUGCUGAAUUUGUACAAGAAGUAUAUUGAUGAGCCGGAAUGGCAGGAAUGGAUUGCCAUGGAAGUGCUGAAGGCACCUGAAUUCCAGUUUGACUACUAUGUACUAUCUAGAACGGCAUCUGAUGUUUUUAAGCAUGUCAAUCACUUGAUAUCUGCACUGAUUAGGUCGUUUAGUGAAAGUAAUGCAGCAUGA